CUCUUAUUUCAGUCUAUUGGUUGAUCGCGUGUAGUUAUAUUACGUUCGAUAAUUUUCGUGUUUUUGCUGACUCCAAGGAUCUUUUUUGUUAUCUUUAAAUAUUUUAAAAUAUUAUCGAAAUGGAAACAAACGAGUACAGUGAUUAUCGAAGCCCAUUAGCAACGAGAUAUGCGUCGAAGGAAAUGCGGUACAACUUCAGUGAGCAAAAAAAAUUCAGCACGUGGCGAAAACUCUGGGUCUACCUUGCAAAAGCUGAGAUGCAAUUGGGAUUGGCUAUUACUCAAGAGCAAAUCAACGAAAUGGAGACACACAUCGAUAAUAUCGAUUUCGAAGCAGUUACCAAAGUAGAAAAAGCUACCAGACAUGACGUAAUGGCUCAUGUUCAUGUCUUUGGGAAGCAGUGUCCUAAAGCAGCACCUAUCAUUCAUUUGGGUGCUACUAGUUGUUACGUUGGUGAUAAUACGGAUCUACUGGUACUUCAUGAAGGAUUUCAAAUUCUUUUACCUAAAUUGGCAAAAAUCAUACAAAAUCUUUCCAAAUUUGCCACAGAACAUGCGUAUGUUCCAACAUUAGGAUUCACCCAUUUACAACCAGCUCAACUAACGACAGUUGGUAAAAGAGCUUCUCUUUGGCUUCACGAUUUACUGAUGGACGAAAGAGCUCUUUUACGUGCAAAAAAUGAUCUAAAGUUUCGUGGUGUAAAGGGUACGACAGGAACUCAGGCGUCAUUUCUUCAAUUGUUCGAUGGUGAUUCUGAAAAAGUGAAGCAAUUAGAUGCUCUAGUAACAAAGAUGGCUGGAUUCGAAAAGCAUUAUGCUGUUACAGGACAGACGUAUAGUAGAAAAGUAGACGUGGAAUGUUUGAUCGUUUUAAGUUCAUUAGGAUCUACUGUUCACAAGAUUUGUACCGACAUCAGGCUGCUAGCGAACAUGAAAGAGUUAGAAGAACCAUUCGAGAUGACUCAGAUAGGAUCAAGUGCCAUGCCGUAUAAGAGGAAUCCGAUGCGUUCCGAAAGAUGUUGCAGUAUUGCACGUCAUUUAAUAACACUGUGCAGUAAUGCAUUUCAAACCGCAGCUACUCAAUGGAUGGAAAGAACGCUAGACGAUUCAGCUAUACGUAGAAUAACUCUUUCUGAAGCUUUCCUUUCAGCGGAUGUCAUUCUUAUGACGUUACAAAACAUCACGGAAGGUUUAGUAGUAUAUCCCAAGGUCAUUGCAAAACACGUUGCUCAGGAAUUACCUUUUAUGUGUUCUGAAAAUAUUAUAAUGGCUAUGGUGAAAGCUGGUGGCGAUAGACAAAUAUGCCAUGAAAAAAUUCGAGUACUAUCGCAAGAAGCUGGAGAUCAGGUAAAGCAACAUGGCCUCGACAAUGAUUUGAUUGAUAGAAUUAAAAGAGACCCAUACUUUGAACCAAUAAUUAGUCAACUCGAUGAUUUGUUAAAUCCUUCAACCUUCGUUGGUAGAGCUCCCGAGCAGGUUAUCGAGUUUAUCAAGGAAGAAGUUCAUCCUGUUCUUAAAAAAUAUAAAUACAUGAGCGGUCCGGUUGAACUUAACAUUUAAGUAACACAUCAUUUUAAUAUAAUUUUGUUAUCGUAGAGAAUUAAAUAGUUCUACAAUUUUUAUACAAUUGUUAUAUAGGAGAAAAUUUUUAAUUUCAUAUAUUUUAAAGAAAUAUAUAAAGGAAAUAUUCAAGAAUUUGACUAAAAAUCAAUUGUUUUAGUAUUAAGAAGAUCAUUGAGCACAUAAAGAAGCAUAUUUAUAGUAAGAACAAUAAGAAAUCACGCUUUUAAUAUCCAGAAAAAAAAUUUAUCAUUCUUGUAAAUAUUAAUCAUUGCGCCUAGAAACAUCCAACCAUCCAUACCAGUCCAUCAAUAAUAUCCCGUACAAAAGUCAAUAAGUAUCAAUAAGAAACUUCAACUGCUGUACUUGACAAAAGAUUAAAAUUUUAUAUUACAUGUAUUAUCAAUUAUAUUGUAUUGCCUAUUUUCUGCCAUUCUUUGUAAUAUAAAUAAUUAUAACAAAUGUAUAAAUGCUCUUUGAAUGUUAUUAAUAGAAUAUAUUAGUUGAAGGUGCUUAAUAUACCUGACUUUUUAAAUAAGUUCUUUUUUUUUAAAGAUAAGCGUCUAAGAAAUAAAUAAUUAUAUAUGAGAAUGAAAGAGUUUUUUAUUUUAAUUCUCUUCUGCAAAAUGCCAUUGAAAAACUUAUGCAACAGCAUAAGUUAUUUUUAAAGAAAGGAAUGUCAUUGAAAUGAACGUUCGAAAUAUUUUUUUUUUUUCAUAUUUCUAUUGUUUUUUGCAGAAAGAACAGAAUACUGUUUAUACAAGAAGAUAUAAGAUUUUUUGUUCGUAUUCAUUGAGAUUUCAAAUUUAUAAAGUAUUUUAGGAAAGGAAGGAACAGGCGCAUCGUUCACAGCCAAGCUAGGCUUUAAAAUUUAAAUUCAAUAAAAUCACUUUUUAAUCUUAUGUUUACAAAUUCAAUUUGUUUAUGUUGAUUAUUUGUUUCUUUUUACUUGACAAUCUUCUCGUCAACUUAACAGUCGUGAUAGCAAAGACAAAUAAAGCGACGAAGAGAAACGGAAAGAUGAAAAUUUUUACAAGAGUUUAUAAAUUGAAUAUUUACAAAUUGAAAAGAAGUUAAAGAGACAGAAAAGCGAAGUUUUUUUAAAAGAAAGUGAAACGCAGUAGAAAGUAAGUAAAGGAAAAUAAUAGAUAAUGAAGAAGUGAAGAGAUAUUGAAAAAGACCGAAUGUUUUAUUUAAAAAAGGAAAAGAAAUAUUUAUAAUAAAUUUGUUUCGCAGAUAUUGAAUAAAUUAUGCAUAAUCUCUGUAUACAGAUUCGCAGUUGUAAAAUCAGAAAGAAAUGACAGAUACAUAUGUAAUGGCAAUGAUGUGCUAUAGUACAAUAGAUAAGCUAUGACGAAAGAUGAUACAAAGAAUAGUGACAUAUAAAUGAUAGAACAUAUAUCAUAAUCACAGUGCAUAGGAAACCCAUGUUUUCACUAGAUUUUGUACAGAGUGAGUAUUAAUAGGUGGGAAAAGUAGACUAGAAAAAGAAAGGAUAUAGUAAAUGAUUUUAAGAUAAAAGACGAAAAUGAUCGACUUUCUUCUAUGCCCAUUUUUACAUUUUUUUUUUUUUUUUUUUUUUAUUCUUUUGAUUUAUUUUUAAAGAAAUAUUAGAAUAUAGUACAAAUGUGCGUGAUAAAACACACAGUUAAAUUUCAUACUAUCAUCAUUCGUUGAAUUUUAGGCAGUAGAGGAAUAUAAGAGAAAGACAGAUAAAAAGAGAGAGAGAGAUAAAGGAAAAAAGAAAAAUGAAAUGUACAAAGACAAGAAUUGAUUUACGAAAAGAGAAGAAAUUGAGCGUUAAAGAAAAGAAAGUAAUGAUCACAGUGUUCAGUUUUAUAUUGCUUAAUAGAAAGAAACAAAGUAUUGAAAUACAGAUAUAGCAAUAGACUAGAAAUGAUGUUGCACUCUUGUAAAUAGAUCAGAAAAGAUUAGAAAGAGAAGAUAGGAAGAAAAAAAAGAGACAGAAACAUAAAAGAAAAGAUGAAAAGAUAGAAACAUAAAAGAAAAGAUGAAAACACAGAAACAUAAAAGAAGAGAUGUAAAGACAGAAACAUAAAAGGAAAGGACAAAAUGAAGUGAAAAAAAUAAGAAAAGGACCAAAGAAAAAGAAAAUAAAGAAAAAGAUAGAAUAUAAGAGAAAGAAAAAGAAGAAAGGAGAAAUUAUAAAUUCAGAGAUAGAAUUAAUCAGAAUAUAGAAAUAGAAAAAACGCAAGUAAUAUGAUAGAAACAGAUUAAAAAAGAUAUAGAACGAAAUGAAAGUAGAUUUAGAAAGAAAGAGAAAUUUGUACAAAAUAAGUUGACAGACACAAAUAUUUCAUAGAAGUAUUUUCAAGCUUUUGAGUACAAUGAGAAAAAAGUAAAAAUGAAAAUGAAAGAAGAAGAUAGAAAAAAAAAGAUAAGAAAAUGAAUAAUUCAUAAAUAGAUAUACUAUUUCACAAAGUAUACAAAAGAAAUUAUUUCAAGAAAGUUUUAGAAAAAAGAUGGAGGAAUAUACAAGCAGAACAGAGAAACAGAGGAAAUAAAAUAAAAGCUUUUAUUUAUAAUAUAGUAAGUAAUAUAGUAAGAGAGUUAAAUAGUUUGAAAAAAGUAAUUUGUAGAAAAUAAAGAAUAAGUAAAAUAGUAAAGAACAUAGAAUAGGAACGAGAUUAAGAAACGAUGUGAUGAGAGAAUUAGUGAAGAGAAAAAUUAAGAAGUAAUUAGAAAAAUAACAUAUCUUUGAAACGAUAGUUCAGGUACAGUAGUAAGAAAUAGAAGUUUGUACAAUGAGAAAAUUAAUAUACAGACUUAAAGAAAAAAUGCGUUUUAGAGAUCUUUAAAGGAAACUUUACAGAAAUUAAAGUUGAAAAGAAAAUUGAGAGAAAAGAGGAAGUUUAAGAAAGAAAAUGUAAGUAGAAAAUAGUAGAAAGUAGUAUAUCGAAAUGAAAUUCAUAUUGGCAAGAUCAAGCAACAAAUCUUGAGUUUGAUAAUACUGAUAUGUUGAUGGCAACGAAAGAUAAAGAAUGGAAGAAAUAAAAGUGAAAAUCGUUAUAGAAGAUUAGAUAGGUACAUAUAGAAAAAAACAAAUGAGAAAGAAAAAGUUGAGAGGCUGUACGUGGGAUAGAAAUUUUGAAAUUUUGCGUGAGAAAUGAUAAAGCAGCAAGAUUAGAAAAAAAAAUGAGGAGAUAAAAAAAUCAAAAUAAAUUGACAUAGCUAAAGUAUAGUAAGAAUGCUGAGAAUUUUUUAGCAAAGACUCAUAGAUCAUUGUUGAAGAUCGUUUUCAAAUGGUCAAGUAAUUUCAUCGAUUCCAUGUUUGAUUCCGACAAAGAAAAAGAGAAUCGAUGAGAUUGCGAGGUACCUGAAAAUCGAUAUACAAGCAAGAAAGGGCUAUCACAGAAGGUUAGGUUUGUCGAGAAGGUCCAACUAUUCCCAUGAGUAUAAAACCUCAAUAACGAUGGAAUAAUUUUUUGGAAAAAUGGUUCAAAUAGUAAAGCAAGAAGGAAGGAUUUGCCGAUUUUAGAUUUCUUGAUGAAGCACCGAGUGACCAAUCAACGAAUCAAUUUCUUUUUUUUUUUUUUCUUUUAGUAUUUGAAACAUACAAAAUUAUAUCAAUUAAAUCAGUACAAAGUAUGUUAUUGAGUUUGUAU